AUGGAAAAACAGGAUUUUAAAGAUAGUGGAUUUGAAAUAAAAACAGCUGUAAUACUUGCUGAUUUUGCUAAAAAGUGUAAGGAUAAAAGAUUGUGUUUCUGUUCCUCAUACUUCAAUUUAAAUGAAGCAUUAGCAGAAUAUGGAGUAGAAAAUUUGAUUAUUCUUACUGAAAGUUUGGCCUUGACUCUAAUGGCAUAG